UGAUAAAUAAUGAUUUUCUGAUAACAGAAUCAGACCAUGGCAAUUAUUACUCCAGACACAAUCAUUCCCCUGUUUGGUGAUGGCAUCUGUGGCAUAACACCGAGAGCAGGAUCAAUUGUUGCUGGUGUGUACAUGAUCUUAAUGACCAAUAUGUAUCUUAUCUUUGAGUUUCAACACCUAAGCCUUGCAUUAAUUAAAUUAGCAAAGAUUAAAAUGAAAGGCUUAACCUGGAUUAUUCCAUAUUGCUAUUAUACAGCAAUAGUUUUGGCUUUUAUAACUUAUCCUGUAUGUUUCUAUUAUUUAUAUUGUAUCUAUAAGAGAAAAACUAUAGGUCUUUAUGUAUACUUUGCUUGGAUAAUCUUUUAUGAUGCAGCCAACGUAGCCAUUAUAAUCUUGACUAGCCGCGCUGGACACCUACAUGCAUUUUCCAUCAGUCCUUUAGAAUGGUUUGGAUUGGCCAGUAGGAUUCCCGCGGAUUGUUUUUGGCUUUGUUUUGUUAUAACGUAUAUUAUGUUGCUUGUUGAAGGAAAACGUGUAGGGAGGGUGUCAAUGAGACAAAGGAGAACAUCUAGAUAUAUUACUGAACCUCCUAAGUUUAGACUUGGUGUAAGUGCCAAGAGACUUCAGUGAUAGCUAUCAAAAUAUUUCUUAUGCAAUUAUGAACAUCAGGCCUGCACAAUACCUGGCAUAACAAAAAAUGGGCAAUUAAUAUAUUCAUAUAUGUUAGCUAUCCAAUACCUUUGCCUAUUCAGAACAAUGAAAUUAGGGUGAUUGUCAGAAACAUGGGAGGCCAUAAUAUAUACUAAGUUCAGAACCAAUAUAUGUAUAUACCAAGUAAUGCUUCACA